CUCCCGUCGGUGGCAGGGCUGAGUGGCGGGCGCGGCGGGGACAGCAGGGCGCGGAGGCGGGACCGCGGCUCCCCCCCGCCCCGGAGCCAGGCGGCGGCGCGCGCGAUCGCGAGCGGAGACGGAGCCGGCGCGAGAGAGGCGGUCGCGAGCGCGAGUGGGGUGGGGCGUGCCCGCGGGCCCCCGCCCCCCUCGGCCCGGUGGUCCCCUGCCCCGCAGCCCCCGCGCGCAGCACACCUUCCCUGAGCCUCUGCGACCACCCAGGCCUCCUAGGACGCCCUGGAGAGGGGACAGGGAUCCAGGCCGCCCCUGGAGCCGCCGUCGAGAGAGGCGGCCCAAGACUGGGACAGCCUCCCCACGGAAGCCGGCACAGUCUGGUCACAGCCAGGCGCGCAGGGGCUGCUGAGCCCGCAGAGGGGGCAGGGCUGGGCCCGGGCCUCUUGGUGACAGACGCUGCGUGACAGAGGACCGGAGGCCGGCAGGGAGGAAGCCAACUCAGAUCGGAGACAGCGGUCUCACCUGCGCGAGGGGACCUGCGAAUUGAGAGCCGCUCCUAAGAAAGACCCGGCUCCUCUCCACAGCUCUGCCCUGGAGGGGUCCUGGGAGCCCAGCCACUAGCUCUCAGGCCCUGAACCCAGGCCUCUAGGCCUUAAAGAGGAGCCCCAGCCCCCUGCUGAGAAGGGAGGAAGUUCCCUGCCGCCGACCUCAGGCCCAGGAGGACCUGGGCCAGCCAGCGUGGGGACCUGGCCCCGGAGACAGCAGCGGCCAUGUCACGGCCAGGCCAGGGCGCGAUGCUGCCGGUGGCUGGGCUGGGCUUCCCGCCGCAGAACGUGGCCCGGGUGGUGGUGUGGGAGUGGCUGAACGAGCACAGCCGCUGGCGGCCCUACACGGCCACCGUGUGUCACCACAUCGAGAAUGUGCUCAAGGAGGAUGCCAGGGGGUCCGUGGUCCUGGGCCAGGUGGACGCCCAGCUAGUGCCCUACAUCAUCGACCUGCAGUCCAUGCACCAGUUCCGCCAGGACACAGGCACCAUGCGGCCUGUGAGGCGCAACUUCUAUGACCCGUCGUCGGCGCCCGGCAAGGGCAUCGUGUGGGAGUGGGAGAACGACGGUGGCGCGUGGACGGCCUACGACAUGGACAUCUGCAUCACCAUCCAGAACGCCUACGAGAAGCAGCAUCCGUGGCUCGAUCUUUCCUCGCUGGGCUUCUGCUACCUCAUCUACUUCAACAGCAUGUCACAGAUGAACCGCCAGACGCGUCGCCGUCGCCGUCUGCGCCGCCGCCUGGACCUGGCCUACCCGCUCACCGUGGGUUCCAUCCCCAAGUCGCAGUCCUGGCCCGUGGGCGCCAGCUCGGGCCAGCCCUGCUCCUGCCAGCAGUGCGUGCUGGUGAACAGCACGCGCGCCGCCUCCAAUGCCAUCCUGGCCUCGCAGCGCCGCAAGGCGCCCCCCGCGCCGCCGCCACCUCCCGGUGGCCCCCCGGGCACACUAGCCGUGCGCCCCAGCGCCACCUUCGCCGGCGCCGCGCUUUGGGCCGCGCCCACCGCCAACACCACUGGCCCUGCCGAGCCUGCGCCGCCCCCCGCGCUGCCCCCGAGGAGCCCGAGCACCCCCGGUGGCGCGCCCACCCCGGGGCAGAACAACCUCAACCGGCCCGGGCCCCAACGCGCGACCGCCAGCGUGAGCGCGCGCGCCUCCAUCCCGCCGGGGGUCCCCGCGCUCCCAGUGAAGAACUUGAAUGGUACCGGCCCAGUCCACCCGGCCCUGGCAGGGAUGACCGGAAUCCUACUGUGUGCUGCCGGGCUGCCAGUGUGCCUGACACGCGCCCCGAAGCCUAUCCUGCACCCGCCCCCUGUGAGCAAGAGUGACGUCAAGCCGGUGCCCGGCGUGCCUGGCGUGUGCCGCAAGACUAAGAAGAAGCACCUCAAAAAGAGUAAGAAUCCAGAGGAUGUGGUUCGGCGGUACAUGCAGAAGGUGAAAAAUCCGCCUGACGAGGACUGCACCAUCUGCAUGGAACGGCUGGUCACAGCAUCGGGCUAUGAGGGUGUACUUCGCCACAAGGGUGUGCGGCCGGAGCUGGUCGGCCGCCUGGGCCGCUGUGGGCACAUGUACCACCUGCUAUGCCUCGUGGCCAUGUACUCCAAUGGCAACAAGGAUGGCAGCCUGCAGUGCCCAACCUGCAAAGCUAUCUACGGUGAGAAGACAGGAACACAGCCUCCUGGGAAGAUGGAAUUCCACCUCAUCCCCCACUCCUUGCCGGGCUUCGCGGACACCCAGACCAUCCGCAUCGUCUAUGACAUCCCCACAGGAAUCCAGGGACCUGAGCACCCCAAUCCUGGGAAGAGGUUCACAGCUAGAGGCUUCCCGCGCCACUGCUAUCUGCCCAACAAUGAGAAGGGCCGGAAGGUGCUGCGGCUGCUCAUCACGGCCUGGGAGCGGAGACUUAUCUUCACCAUUGGCACGUCCAACACCACGGGCGAGUCGGACACCGUAGUGUGGAAUGAGAUUCACCACAAGACCGAGUUUGGAUCCAACCUCACGGGCCAUGGCUACCCGGACGCCAGCUACCUAGACAACGUGCUGGCUGAGCUCACGGCCCAGGGUGUGUCUGAGGCUGUGGCCAAGGCGUGAGGCCUGAGUCUACACAUCUGCCCUCCUGCUUUGCCCCUGGUCCGGCACAUGCCUCCCUCCACCAGGUGCGACCUGGUGGCCCCAGUUCAGGGCUGGGAGGAGCCUGCACAAGGAGCCGGGAGCAUCCUGGGGAUUUGCUUGGUGGCAUUUGGGAUAUGGGAGGCUACCAGGCCUGUUGGCUGUGACCCGUAGCUCCCUGAGAGGGCCACAAAGAGAAGACCAGAAGCCACAGUGACCUCCCUACCAGAAAGACAGCGACCCACCCCUCACACACAAACACGCGUCCUGGUGAACAUGCACGCACGCACGCACACCCACGUGCCUCCACACUCCCCCAGGUGGGGGGAGAAGAGAAAGACCCCAUCUGUGUCCCUGCUGCCUCUGUAUAGGCUUGUCUGCACCUGGGACUCAGGGCGAGCACUGAGGACCUCUGGGGUUCUCGGGGGGACAGAGAACUGGGGGAGCUUGGUCUCCCCAUGCUCACCUCCCUGCUCUGUCUCUGCCCCCAUGGCAGAAGCCCCCAGACCAUUGCGUAGUUUUACCCAGGGGAGACCAGAGCACACAGGGAUAUGAGACAUCUUAUUUUGUGUUGUGUCUAUUUCUUCAUCCUUCGGGGACUCUGGCUUCCUCCUCCCAGUCCCUUUCCAGGCCUUAUAUCCACCCCACAUGAAGGCACCUUUCUUCCUUCCCGACCCCAUCCUCUCCACCAAGUCCUCCCAACUUUGAGAUCCAAAGGCUGUGGCUUCUGCUUUCAGGAGCAAGAGGAGAAGGCCUGGGUCAGGCCAGCACACUGAAAGCUAGAGAGGAUUGCAAAGCGUUAAUUCCCCUCUCCUGGGGAGUGGGCAGUAGGGUGGCAGAUUGUCUCUAGCCAACCAGGGGCCCGUUGCCCAGGCAACUCACCAGCUCCGCCUCUGUUGAUUGGCUGUCCCAGUGGAAGUCAGCCAAGAUUUAAAGGGACGCCAGCAAUCACGCUUUUGAAAAACCGUACCAGUCCCACUGUGGGUGGAGAAAUAAAUGGUCUUUCUCCUCCUCACUCCAGUCUGUUCCUGCCAAAAGGGCUGGGUGGCUGUGUGUGUCCUGAGGGGCCUUGGGAAACAUGGGAAUUGAUAGCUUGCAAAAGAAGGGCACCUCCAGGCCAUUGAUUGGGGCCACUGGAGUGGAAGGUCCCUAAUUUUGUCCUGGAGCAAGAAGGGUAAGUGACUGAGAGGCACUCACUACCAGCCCUCCUGAACCCUGAAGGGACAGUGGCCUGCUCUGCAACAGCAGCACAAGAGAAUGCACACACCUGCUCUUCAACAGUGACAAGGCAGGGGGCUUGGCUGGGGCAGCUGCGCAGGGUCAGACAAGGCAGAGCCCAGGCUCUUCAAGGCUCACUUAACAUCUGGCUGGCUGUGGCCAAGGCUAUGGGUCCGGGCGACCUCUGCUGGCCUCCUGUGGGAUUGCGCCAUGUCUUCUGGGAAGCACUUGAUGGCAACCAGGCUGCCUUGAGCAUCCUGUCAUAU